CGCACUAACGCGUCAGUGGCGCGCGUGCAGUGUCUUGAAGCCCGACGCGCAGCCGCAGCCGCCACAACGACGACCGCGGCCUCCUCCCCGAGUCCGUCCGUCCCCACCUACUCGACGACCAGGACCAGAGUGAAGCAGAAGCCGUGAACAUGAGGCGAACGGCGCUCCUGAGGACGCGGCCCAUCGCCAUCGGUGCCCAGGCUCCGGCGGUGCGUUUCCGGUCUUCCAUGACGGCGACCGCGACUCCGACGCUUGCGACCGACGAGGAGGUGAAGCCCUUCUCCGAGGUCCCGGGGCCCAAGCCCCUGCCCGUGCUGGGCAACCUCUGGAGGUUCUUCCCCGGAGGCGACUUUGCCGGUGUCGCGCCCUACGACAUCCCCGACACGCUCGUCCGGCGUUACGGGCCUAUCGUCAAGCUGGAGGGGAUGCUGACUGACACCAAGCUGUUUGUGGCGGACCCAACAGCGGCGCAGCAGAUAUUUCGUACUGAGGGCCAGUGGCCGAUUCGAGAGGGAAUUUCCAGUAUUGACUACUACUACAAGAACUACAGGAAAAACCUGCAGUUCAGUCUGGGAACAGCAAAUGGAGAGGUGUGGCAAAAGUUUCGUUCAGCUGUCAAUCAAGUUGCUGUGCAACCGAGAAAUGUUAAAGUGUAUGUAGAACCGAUCAACGCGGUCGCUGAAGAAUUCAUUCAAAGGAUGAAAUCGAUAAGAGACGCUAAUCAGCAGAUGCCAGAUGACUUCACGACUGAGAUUAAGAAAUGGGCUGCCGAAUCGAUCACCUAUGUCGCCCUGGACACGCGGCUGGGGAUGCUGGAGAACAACAUCCACCCAGAUUCGGAUGCCGGCCGCCUCGUGGAGCUCGUGAAGAACACCUUUGACGCCAUGGCAAAGCUCGAGUUUGGGCUCUCCCCCUGGAAGUACAUCUCUACGCCAACCUGGAGACAGCUCAAGUCUUCCAUGGACACCUUCACGGAGAUGGCGACGAGGCACGUGAACGAGGUGGUGGACCGGCUCUCCAAACUGUCCGAGGAGGAGAUCGCCUCGCGCCAGUUCAGCGUCCUGGAGCGGCUGCUCGUCAACAGCCACGACUCGGACAAGGGCGUAGCGUUCGCGCUGGACAUGAUGCUGGCCGGCAUAGACACGACUGCGCACCAGACGUCUUCGUUGCUGUACUUCCUGGCCACCCACCCGGAGCAGCAAAGGGCGCUGCAGGCCGAGCUGGACCGCGAGUGGGAGGCGGGGCAGCCUCUGACGGCCAGCGUGCUCGAGAAGCUCAAGUACCUGCGCGCCUGUAUCAAGGAGGCCAUGCGCCUGCAGGCCGUCGUCACCGGCAUCCUGCGCACUGCCAACCAGGACGUUGUCCUCAACGGCUACCUCAUCCCCAAAGGAACCCACACCAUCGUGUGCACCAAGACGAUGUGCAGGGACGAGAGGCUGGUGCCCCGGGCUUCCGAGUACCUCCCCGAGCGCUGGCUGCCCGGCCAGGAGCAGCUCAAGCCCAGACACGCCUUCGUCAACAUCCCGUUCGGCUUCGGCCCCCGCAUGUGCGCGGGCAAGAGGUUCGCCGAUCUGGAGAUGGAGGUGUUGUGCGCCAGGCUGUUCCGCUCCCACAACCUGGAGUGGCACCACCCGGAACCACAGGUGGAGCAGAAACUCUUCGUCCAGUACUCCAGCCCGCUCAAGAUCACCAUGAAGGAGCGGUAGUCUCCAUCCAAAGCUCGUCGGAGAGGGUCGAGCGCGAUCACAUUGUGAUAAUGGAUGCCAACUAGGGUGACCUAGCCCAGCCUCACCCCUUUGCGUCCGGCUGCUGUGCACUGUGGCCUUAAAUGUGCCGAACAGAACAUUAGGUGAGCAGCAACGUGUUCACUGGUGUUCUUUGGUUACUGACAAAGCAAAGUAUUUUUAGUUUUAAGUGGAACGGAGGAGCUUGGGCCUUUGUAAAACGUAAUAAGCACCACUACGUAUUUAAUAUGACUGCCAUAGAUUUUUAAUGGUA